CGCCUCACACUCGCACUCAUCACUACACUGCUGCCACUCGCCUCGCUCACUCCCACGCGCACACUCCCCACUCGCCACAAUGCACCGCUUCCCACUCGCCGCCGCGCUCCUCUUCUUCCUCCCCCUCGCCGCCGCCGCCGGAGGCAAGGCGUCGCCGGCUGCGGCAAAGGCGAAGGCGCCCGCGGCCCCGCCCGCCCCGCUGAACAUCACAGCGGCGAUGGCGAAGGGCAGCUGCAAGGCGUUCGCGGCCCUGGUCGCGGCGUCGCCGGACGCACUCUCCACCUUCCAGUCGGCCGUGGACGGCGGCGUGACGGCGUUCUGCCCCACCGACUUCGCCGUGAAGUCGUUCAUGCCCAGCUACAAGAACCUCACCGCCGACGGCAAGGCGUCGCUGCUGUUGUUCCACGCCGUGCCCGUGUACUACUCGUUGCGGAGCCUCAAGUCCAACAACGGCGUCAUGAACACCCUCGCCACCGACGGCGCGGCCAACAACUACAACCUCACGGUGCAGAACGAGGGCGACCAGGUGACCAUCAAGACGGAGGUCUCCGACGGCGCCGCGCGGGUCAAGUCCACGGUGUACGACAAGGACCCCGUCGCCAUCUACGCGUUGGACACAGUGCUUGAGCCGGUGGAGCUGUUCGACCCCGUGGAGGCGCCCGCGCCCGCCCCGGUGGCCGACGCGCCCAAGGCGUCCAAGAGGGAACGCCGCCAGCGGCACGUGGCGGACGCUCCCGGGCCAGCCGGCGACGACGCGAGACCCGCCGACCAGAGGAAGAACUCCAAGAAGAACGCGGCGCCCGGUGCCCCGUGCCUACGGUGGCUCGCCGCCGUGGCCAUAGCCGUCGUCUUGGCUUAGCCGCCCAUGGGAAUUCAUUUUCGAGGUGGAUCUGCAGUGGUGUGUCGGUGGGUGCCGUACGUCCAUGCUUGAGCAUGUGCCGUGAGAUUUGGUGCUUCGUUGGAUGGAAAUGGCAAAAAAAUUUGUUCAUGUUCUUUCUUACUCCAUUGCUGUUGUUUAGUAUGGAAGGUUUGACGUGCUGUUCGUCGAAUAUGUUGGACUGAAAUCAGGAAGCUGAAAUUCAAAAUCCGAUGUACAUUUUGCAGUUACUGGCUCACAUAACCUGAAAUUUCUAUGAGCAAAUUUGGUUAUAUUGAUGCCACCAAAACUUGAACACGAUUUA